GCUGUUUUGUGCUGCUGCCGCUUUUUGUUUUGCCUAUCCAUCUUUUCCCUCUUGAGACGAACAUCCAACUAGUAUUCACAUACUCCUUCUCCCAUCUACCCCCAAUCUAUAUAAGCUAUAAGCUAUCAUAUCGUUACAUCCGCCACAAUUGUUGGCAUCUCUCGCAAUCUGGUUGGUGUCGUUGAUCGGACGGCCCGCUUAGCGCAUUUUCAUCUCCGCCCCUGGACGGACAAUUAUUCCAGAACUCGAACUUCAAUCGCAGAUGCGCCAGGCGUCAUUUUGACGCCCUUGGACACAUACAUGCGAUGCCCAAAACGCGGUAUCGAGAUACAACCCCAUGGUCCCAGAAACGCGACCGACUAGACCCCGAAAAAGCCGCCUCUCCCUAUGAUUCCUCCAUCAGCGACGACGAACCCGUUUACUCUGACACCUCUCGAGUGACCUCUGGGUCGCUCAGCUCCCACAUACCAAUGCUCGCCAGUCCCUCCCGGCGGCGGAGGCCCAGGGCAAACGGCUUCAUGCCUCAUCGGUUAAUGAGGUGUCUCUGCCUGGCCCUCUUUGUCGCCCUCUUACUCUUCGUUCUGAAUUUGUUCCGUUUCACAUUGUUUGGACGCGCCGAACAAGUCCCCAUCGAUGUCCCGAAACCUCCUCCUAAGCCACAUGUGUGGGAAAGUUUUCCAUUUUUGAAACGGUACCAUGGUGGUAUACGGUCGUUAGUUGCGCGCAAGGAUAAUGUGCCGGAAUAUCCUGGAGACGGCGCUCCUGAGGAUUUAGUAUUCCCAACAGCAGAAGAGCAAGAACAGGCUGAAGCAAACAAACCCCAGGAACCAGGAAAAAAGACUGCGCAAAGACGCUCUGCCGAACUCCCUUUCAAAAGCUUACCAUACAACCCUUACCCUAAUUACAAGACCGAGGAAUACGCGAGGCAAUAUGGCGAAAAGGUCGACUGUUUCCUCGAUGAGGACAAUAAGAUCCAUGUCCCUCGUCUUCAGUACUAUCCCGGUAUCCCCGAUGGAUUUCCUGACCCGAUCAUGGGUUCGAACGCAAUGCUGGGUAUUCAGGAUGAUAUUUGCUUUGACCGCUUUGGACGUCUCGGCCCGUAUGGACUCGGCUACGGGGUCAAGAAAGGCGGCAGUGGUGCCGGCAUGGAAGGCGACCGCGACGGCGCUGACCGUGUAUGGGAGGAUGUCCCGCCAGUUGACUUCCGUGAAAUCAGCUGGGCUACUGCACAGAACCGCUGCAUCAUUGCAAACCGUCACCGUUUCGCUGAACUACCAGAGCCUCGUGUUGAUCGCGCACUUAUUAUGUCAUUUGGAACUUCCAUUCCAAAAUCUCACCUGGAAACACUUCCGCCAGCAAAGGAAAAAGGCCAAUCCCAGCUGCCUCGCACCGCAGUCUUGAUCAGGACUUGGUUUGAUUUCCGCUAUACGGAAGAAGAUAUCAUGUACCUCCGAGCUCUCAUUUCAGAACUAUCACUGAUGAGUGGAGGUGAAUACACAGUUCACUUUUUAAUCCACGUGAAGGACGACAAUCUGCAAAUCUGGUCUGACGAUGAGACGUACGAACGCGUCCUCCGGGACUCUCUUCCAGAAGAAUUCCGUGGAAUGGGAACUCUGUGGUCCGAGAGACAGAUGAAUUUGAUUUACGGUGGAUUGCAAGAGAGUUUCGAGCGCGGUCUCCCCGUCCAUGGCGUCUACCGAAGCACUUUCAUGCCUGUCCAGUACUUCUCUUACCUCCACCCUGAGUACGACUAUGUCUGGAAUUGGGAAAUGGACGUCCGCAACACCGGUCACUGGUAUCAUUUCUUUGAUAAGUCAACCAGCUGGGCUAAAAAGCAACCUCGCAAAGGACUGUGGGAACGGAAUUCUCGGUACUACGUUCCUAGCGUACAUGGUCCUUGGGAAGACUUCAUGCAUACUGUUCGCGUCCAGACCGAACUCGGCACUAACAACCCAAAUAAUAUGUGGAAUGCAAUGAAGGAUGAAGAAGAGAAGUCCGAUCCAAACCACAAGGACCACGGCCGUCAUGGCGACAACUUUAUCUGGGGACCAGAGCGUCCGCAUGAAUCCGAUAUCCUUGAGCUUGACGAGGACGUGAUUCCGCCCACUACCAUAGAGAAAGACAAGUACGAAUGGGGCGUUGGCGAAGAAGCUGACCUGAUCGUGUUGAACCCACUGUAUGAUCCAGAAGGAACCACAUGGCUACUACGCAACGACGUCACCGGGUACAACCGCGACGAAGGGAUGCCACCACGCCGCGCAGCCAUCAUCACAGCCUCGCGCCUAUCCCGCAAACUCCUGAUGACAAUGCACCGCGAAACCAGCAUGAAACGCCACACCAUGUUCUCCGAGAUGUGGCCUGCUACCACCGCCCUCCACCAUGGCUUCAAAGCCGUCUCUGUCCCUCACUCAAUCUACAUUGACCGCAAAUGGCCAACACGCUAUGUCGAAGCCGUUUUUAACGGCGGCCGCAACGGCGCCACUGGAGGUGCUCGUACAUCCAUCUUCGGUGACCGUGAACACAACUUCCGUGGCACAACAUGGUUCUAUUCUGCCGGGUUCUCGCCGAACCUCUGGCGUCGUUGGCUCGGCUACAAAGUCGACAACGAUGGCGGAGAGGAAGAAGAACUCUCUGGUGAGGGCCGAAUCUGUCUACCGCCCAUGCUGCUACACCCUGUCAAGGAGGUACAGCUAGUCAUCGACGAUGGCGGGGUACCCGAAAUAGCCGAAGACUCACCCCCUUAAAUUCAAGCCAAGCCAGAUUCUACGAAAAAGUGAACACGAUUUCAUGACGCGCGUCACCUUCGAUGUCAUUUUAUUACAUCAUUUCCCCCAUCUCCUUUUCUCAUAGUUUCUAUGAGCUUAGAAUUCCAGUGUAUAUCUUCUCCCCCUGUCAGCGGUAUACCCUUUUUAUGCUUUAUCCCUUCAAGCAGAUAUUUACAUCAUGGCUUGUUCAUCUAGCGUUCUAACCCGUUUCUCAAUGUUGAUCUGUUUGUCUGGCACAUUUAGAGACUGGAAACAUCGGUUGUGCUAUUUGUUGUCUUUUUUGGGGUAUGAUUAGCGUUUUUUUGGGAUGAUGUUUGGUUAAUACUAUCUAUGUACAUAACUGUGGUUAGAAGAAUUGAUAUGAGAGUGGGAUUGUACCCAGUGAUCAAUACGAGUCCUUACGAUGAAUUAAGACCUAUGUUUAGAUAAAGUUCUUAUACCUACAGUGUCAAUAUCAAGC